UGCUCGUAGCGUUGAUUCUGCCGACGUUGAUCAUAACUUUGUUUGGAGAGAUAUUACCUCAGGUGGUUUGUUCCAAUUACGGAUUAUUGAUCGGCAGUCGGACACGCUACUUGACAAUAUUUUUCAUGGUCUUAUUCUGUCCAAUCUCAUAUCCGAUCUCGAAAUUUCUCGAUAAGGCAGUUGGCGUUGAGGGUCGCGAUGUUUACGACCGUAAAACAUUACGAGUUCUUAUCUCCAUGCAAAGAGAUCUCAUUAAAGAUCAUGCUAAAAAACGAAUGGUUGAAAGCAAAAUGAUGGAUGUGGAUACCACUGAUCUUGUAUUGGCGGCAAUCGAUUUCCCCGAAAAAAUUGUUAUGAGCGUAAUGACACCAAUCGACAAGAUUUUCAUGUUAUCCGAUAUGAGUGUUAUCAACAACUCACUUCUUAAAACGAUUGCUGCUAAAGGCCGAACACGGAUACCCAUUUACAAGGGCAAAGAUCGUGAGACGGUGUUCUUUAAAAAAAUGAUAGUUGCUGUGCUGAAUAUGAAGGAUCUUUUGCCGUUCUGUCAAUCGACAAAACUCAAAGUUGGUACAGUUGCGCAAUUAUGGCAGAGGAGCAGUCAAUUUCGAUUCGCGUUAGGU